AUGAGCUCAGGGUGUGACUGUGAAGUGAGGUCUGCUGAGUGCUACGUACCCACGGCACCUAAGGUAGUUGGUUGUUGGCAGUUGCAACUGGCAGCUCCCGUCGUGGGUUUGUUCCUUCCCUCUCCCAUCUGUCUGUACUCCAUACCUGUACUCGUUCGUACCUUGGUACCCGGUUUGUUGUACAUGCCUCCAACAUAUCUCUGGAGUCGCAUCAAACAAAACCAUGCCACCCGUCUCCAACGCUUUGUCCGUUCGUCUGGUGAAAAGGCCGAUAUUGAUAUCAGACGAACGCGCGCCGCCCACUCCCACUGGCGCGUCCCCAUGAAACCGGCCCAGUCAUCAUUGAUGCAUUCCACACUUUGCCCUAUUCCGAGAAAUUGGGCCCUCAUUUUCGUUAGCAAGCAAAACAACUUCCAGAAUACCAGUGAGGUCCGUCCGGAGUACACUUACUCUGUGAGCCUGUAUAGGCUGGGUGGCAAGGAAACCAGGAAUGCUAGACCAUAUGCCGCCAUCUUCAGUGUCUCGCACCAUCAGAUUGGCGUUGCCCUGCUCGCGCGUCGUGGGGGUUCAGAUCCGUGGAGAAGACAGGCUCCCUAA